AUGUCAUCUCAAGUUAGCCUAAAAGAGGAAGAUUUAUCCAGGAAGGCACUGGAAUCGUUGAUUGAAGUGUGUAAGCAAGAUCCAAAGUUAGCAGAAGACAAAGAUGUACAGAUUGUCAUAAAUACUACUAGAAAGAUGGGUGUUCCAAAGGAUUACAUCCCUAGGAUUAUUCCAUUGCAAUAUUGUAAGCUCAACAAACCAAGAGACUUGAGAACUCUCCUGAUUACAAAGGAUCCCUCUACCAUAUAUCGAGACGCCAUCACCAAGGAUGAACCAGUUAAUGACUUGAUCAAAGAAAUUAUCACAGUGAAAAACUUGAAACGUCGUUUCAGAGGGUCGAAACUUAAUGAGUUGUAUUCGGAAUUCGAUAUAGUCGUCGCUGAUUAUAGAGUUCACCAUCUAUUACCAAAAGUGUUAGGAACAAGAUUUUUUCAUGGGAGUAAGAAAUUACCAUUCAUGAUUAGAAUGUCUAAGAAUUUAAAAGUCAAACGUCAACAGAUGGUUGAAACAUGCGACACUUCAUAUAUACGAGCUCAAUUGAAAAGUAUCUAUAAAAAUGCACACUACAUUCCAAAUGAGGACAAUUGUUUGAAUAUUAAAAUUGGACAGAUUGGUAAACAAAAUGUUGAUGAAAUGAUAUAUAAUGUAUUGGAUAUUGUGACAUUCUUAACCGAUAGCAGUAAGAAACCUCAAGGAGGUGUUAUCAAAGGUGGAAUUGAAUCUAUAUAUGUCAAAACUAGUAAUAGUUCAAGUUUACCGCUAUAUAGUAAGAGUGAGCAACCUGUUGCAGAUGAUGACGAUGACAGUGAAUUGGAAUUAUAG